AUGCGCAAUACCGUCAUAUUUGCCGGGACAUCUUGUCCGGCCCUAGCAGGUCAAAUAUGUGAAAAUCUAGGGAUGGCACCUGGAGAGGCCGAGCUCUCGCAAUUUUCGAAUGGCGAGACCAGCGUGAGAAUCCUGACGAGUGUACGAGAGAAGGAUGUGUUUGUGGUACAAUCUGGCAGCCCUAAAAUAAACGAUACAAUCAUGGAACUCCUGAUCAUGAUAUCAGCUUGCAAGGGUGGAUCAGCAACGAAAGUCACAGCUGUUAUACCAUAUUUUCCUUACAACCGCCAGUCCAAGAAGAAAUCCCACCGUGGGACCAUCACGGCCCGUCUGCUUGCGAAUCUAAUGGGUGUUGCUGGUGUUCGGCAUUGA